GAGAAAGAAAAAGUGCAAGGGGUGGGUAGUCAUUAGGGAGGAGGGACAAUAAUGUAUGAGAGCGUGAAGGCUUGAAAAAGAGAGUGGUGGACCUGCAGCCCUGUAGAAAGACAGACAGAAGGAAGCAGCAGAGACAGACCAAACACACACAGCCAGACUGACUGUUACCUUCUCUUAGAGCUCACACACACACAUAUACACAAACGUUCUCAGAUAACCAGAUAGGUAGAGGAGCUGAAGACCUGAAGCUUUACCAGACACACUCAUUUGUCCUCAAACGUUCACUCACACACGCAGCAUGUUUCGGUGGAGGCUCCCUCAGGCAGUGUGCAUGCUGUCGGCGUGUGUGUGUCUGCUGCUCGCCUACGAGGAUGAUAUUGAGGUCAACUACGCUGACCCCUUCUACAAUGAAAUCACAGAGGGAGAUACGCCAGAACCAACACCAACCUCGGCUCCCUGCAGUUCUCGAGACCUGACCAAAUGGGACAAAGUCUUCUCGAUGCUGGAGAACAGUCAAAUGAGGGAGAAUAUGAUGCUUCAAUAUGCCGAUGACAUCAUCAAAGUGGAGAUGGGAUCGCUGCGUGGGGAAAUGCUCAGGUUUGUAGCCCAGUAUGGUGGCUCCUGUGGUGUUGCUGUGGAAACAGCAGGAAGAAGGAUGGCCUUGCAGCUGGAGGGCCGCCUAAAAGAAACCAUGGACCGCUUCAAAGUCAAAGACCAGACUUCUACUGCUGCAGGGAAUUCUGUUGGGAAUUCAAACCACCUUGAGGGAACGCUACAGCUGCUCCUCACUGCAUCACGAAGCCAAGCUACCCGACUCGCCAAGUUGGAGACCAGCUGCUUCAGCCCAGGAGCCGGGAUAGGGAGGAGUUCCAAGACAGGAUUCCUGUUUCAAGACGGCAGAGGAGCUGGGCUUGACGAGCAAGAGGUAACAUCACAAGAUGUAACAUCACAAGAUGUGACAUCACAAGAUGUGACAUCACAAGGUGUAUCACAAGACUCGGUUCUGGCUGCGCUGCAAAAGACCAGGAUGGAGCAGGAGGAGGUGCUGAGGUCAUCAAGGCAAAGAUACCUUCCCGCAGGUUGUGACAUGGCCCUCCUCUUCCCCAUGCGUUCCCGUCAAAUCUACACCUCGGUCAUGCCAGAGGUUCCUCUCUCCGUUUCCUCCUUUACUGUCUGUAUGUGGGUGAAGCCAACAGCUGUCUCCAACAAAACCGUGCUCUUCUCUUAUGGAAACCGGCGUAACCCAUAUGAGAUUCAGCUGCUGCUUGCCCAGACUUCUGCACUCUUUACCAUUGGAGGGGAGGCUCACCUGGUGGAGGCAAAGAAUGUGGUGAACCCAAGCGCAUCAGAGUGGAUCCACUUGUGCGGGGCUUGGUCGUCCAAUCAGGGGUUGGCGUCCCUGUGGGCAGGUGGGAGAAAAGUGGCGUCCACCCCUGGAGUGGCUGAGGGACAUGUCUUACCCGAUGGAGGUUCACUACAGCUGGGUCAGGAAAGGAAUGGCUGCUGCUCUCCGCCUGCAAGCAUCGGGAGUGGGGUGCCAGGGUUUGAGAGGGGAUUUGAUCACAAAAUCGCCUUCACAGGGAAGAUGACUGGAGUGAACAUGUGGGACAGGGUGCUGUCAGAGGAAGAAAUUUCCCAGCUUGCUUCACAGGAAGGCCAGGGCUGUGAGCACAGAGGGAAUGUGGUGGCGUGGGGAGUGACAGAGAUGGUACCACAUGCAGGUGCACAGUUUGUCAAUUAACAGGUUCAUUCAUGUCUUUGUGGUGAAAUUUUUCAUCAGAAUCAUCAUCGUCAUAUCAGCAACAUUGUGAUAAGCUUUCAUGCUCAUACUGAAAACUUUCAUCAUCAUUCUUUGUCAUAAUAGUAAUGUGUAUGUUAUAUCCUCCAGCAUCUCCAUCAUCUAUUUAAACAUGAACACAAAUGCUGCAUUGAACUAUACUGGACAUGUUCCAAUGAGAGAAAGCCAAUCCAGUGUGAGACAGAGGUUUAUUUUUGUAACAUGACCCUUUGAACCGAGGCCUUACAGACACACACUCACUCAAACACUGACGUGCCUUCAAAUGAGAAAACUUGUAUUGUAGCAGGAAAAGCAGCAUUCACCAAAGACUUAAUUAGACUGCCAGGAAGACAAAGAGUUUAUUGUUAAAGUGAGCGGGUUCUGAGCCAGCAAUCAGCAGACAGUCAUGCAGGCGAGCAAAACCAGAGGUCACAAACUGAUACAAGGGAUCAUCUGGUUACUGAGGAUCCAAGGUCUUUUUUGAUGCAUUUUUUUGCAGUCAAUCAACAGCUAAUACAUAACUAUAAUACAAUUUAAAUGUGCAUUAUUGCAGGCAAAACUAAAAGAAGAGCUACCCUACUAGUGUGACAUAUUUAACCCUCUUUGAUCUUAAAAUGCUGGACUUCCUUUAAUUUCAAGCAUGGUCAGCAAGCACCUGCAGAAAAACCUCCUUACUAGACAUUUUUGUUUCAUCUUUGUUUUUGUUUUUUUCAUUGACUUUGUGACCUUUUAAAAGCAGAUCUUUCAACCGUGUAGUCAUCAAAGUGUUUACAUUAUUUUCUUCAUAUAAUUCCUGCUCUACUCUGUUAGUUCCUGUCAGUAGGUCUCUUAAGGUAGGAUAAUGUUGAAUCUUCUUUUUUUGAUACUGCAUAGUGAUAAGAGUAAAACUGUUUUAUUUGUAACGUGAGAUUUGAUUUUUGUAUGUGAUAAACAAAACUGAGGACAAUGUUUACAUAAUCUAAUCUUUGAUGAGCUAAGCUGUCUUGUAUUAUACUGUAAAUUCCUUUUUAUUUUUGUUCUUGUGAAAUGGUGAAACUGAAUGUAUUUUGUAUAUAAAUAUAUUUUGUUUAACAUGACUGAGUUAAUGGAGAGUGAAGUUUGAAUAAACAUUUCAAGUUAUUA